UGCAUUUUUUUUUUCCCAGAUUUUUUUUUUCGAACAUUGACGCUUCCAAUAUACUCUUCCACGCUUCCCACUCGGAAUCUAAGCUUCCAACACGCUUCUAAAAGACUCAGUUUAGGAAUCGCGAUUCCAAGUCGAUUCCCGGCGAUUCCGCUCCCGUUUCCGAUUCCGGAGCGAGAAUCGACACCUCGCCAGCGAUUCUGCGUCUGCCUCCGAGCCUCUUUGCCUCUUACACCUUCACCUUCCCCUCUAUGCGUUGCCGUUUUGAUUCUUUUGAAAAGAAGGAGAAAAACAGAGGUCAUGCAAAAAAGAAACGAAGAAAGAUUGGCAGGUAGCCAACUAUCUCUGGAUCUGAUUGUUGAGAUCCUCAAGAAACUCCCAUCAAAGUCACUUGUAAGGUUUCGGUGCGUCUCGAAGGAAUGGUCAACCAUUAUCAGCAGCCGUAGAGACUUUAUCGAGGCGAUCGUGGCUCGAUCUUUAUUAGCUCAGCAGCAGCAGCAGCAGCAGCCUCCCCUGUUCGUCUUCCACCAUUGUGUGCCUGAACCUUUCUUCACACUCUCGUCUACUUUCUCUGAGAGCAUCAAAGAGGCGGUAUCAGUCUUUGCAUCACCCGGACCCGGCUGCACUUUGUUCGAGUAUCAGUACGUCAGAGGCUUGAUCUGUUGUUAUUCGACUUCUUAUCAGUUGUUUACGAUAUACAACCCUACCACGAGACAAUCCCUUCGUCUACCCCUGAUCGAAGACUCGGUGACAGAGUUCCGGCGAUAUAUCUGUCACUUUGGAUACGACGCUGUCAUGGAUCAAUACAAAGUUAUGUCCAUAGUUUUUGAUGUCCGAGAGUUUUCGCAGACAUUUCAUGUUUUCACAUUGGGACGGAGUCAACAAUCUUGGAGGAGAAUCAAAGGCAUUGAUGAUGAGAAACUCCUUCCAAGCGUUGACGCGGUUUGCAUCCACGGGACUAUCUAUUACGGAGCAACUAGGAUUACGAAAAAGGCCAACUGUGCUGAAACUGAUGACAGUCGGAGGACUUUCGACCGUGGUGAAACUGUAUUGCUCAGUUUCGACAUCAGGUCCGAAAGAUUCUAUCAUGUCUCGACUCCAGAGCCAAUGUUAAAAGCAUCGUCGUGUACCAUUGCAAGUAGUCGAACUCUUUUAAACCACAAAGGGAAGUUAGGAUGCAUUUAUUCCGGCAGAUACGAGACAUGUAUGUGGGUUAUGGAGAGUGCUCGGAAACAAGAAUGGUCCAAGAUUACUUUCGACUUGCCAGAACACCCAUUGGGUUGUUUAAAAGGUGCUUUCUCUGGAUUCUCAGGUGUCACCCCUGCUGGUGAGAUCUUCGCGACUCAAAAUACGUACUUCUUUCGUGAGCCCUUGUAUGUUUACUACUAUGACAUGAAUCGAAACUCCUUUAGAAGAGUUGAAAUCCAAGGUACUAGGCCGGAGAAAGUAACCAGGAAAAAUCGUUAUGCUGUUACCGUACUUGCGAUUCAUGAUCAUGUCGAGAACACAAUGUUGUUGUUGUUGUAGGAUUCAUGUGUAUUAAUAUUAAAAAGUCUUUUUAAUAUCCUUAUUUCUUUACUAUAUGGACAAUGGUUUAAUUGCAAGGUUAAUUCACAAAGCUUUUUUAGGUUGUAUA